AUGCGGGUCUACUACGAUCGCGAUGCCGAUCUGAACCUGAUCAAGUCGAAGAAGGUCUCGAUCAUCGGGUACGGCAGCCAGGGCUUUGCCCACGCGAACAACCUGAAGGAGAGCGGGGUCGAGGAGGUUGUCGUGGGGCUUAGGCCGGGCUCCACGAGCACGGCCAAGGUCGAAGCCGCCGGACUCACGGUCAUGGAUAUCGAGGAAGCCGCGCGCUUCGGCGAUGUGGUGAUGAUGCUCACCCCGGACGAGCUUCAGCGCCAGCUCUACGCCGACGUCCUGCACGGCUCCAUGAAGGAAGGCGCGGCUUUGGCUUUCGCCCACGGGUUGAACAUCCACUUCCGCCUGAUCGAGCCGCGGCCCGAUCUCGACGUCUUCAUGGUGGCACCCAAGGGCCCGGGGCACACGGUGCGCUCGGAAUAUCAGCGGGGCGGCGGCGUUCCCUGCCUGCUCGCGCUCGCGAGCGACCCUUCGGGCAACGCCAAGGAGAUCGGCCUCUCCUACGCGUCGGGGAUCGGCGGCGGCCGUGCCGGGAUUAUCGAGACCAGCUUCCGCGAAGAGGUCGAGACCGAUCUUUUUGGCGAGCAGGUCAAGCUGAUCGUCGACCUGAUGUACGAGGGCGGCAUCGCCAACAUGCGCUACUCGAUCUCCAACACCGCAGAGUACGGCGACUACACGCGGGGACCCCGCGUGAUCGACGAGGGGACGCGGGAGCGCAUGAAGACGAUUCUCGCCGAUAUCCAGAACGGCCGCUUCACCACGGAGUGGAUGACCGAGAACGUGGCCGGGCAAGCGUCGUUCAAGGCGAUGCGCGCGCGUGCGGCCGAACACCCGCUGGAGGAGGUGGGCGAGCGGCUGCGGGCGAUGAUGCCGUGGAUCACCGAAGCCCGGCUGGUGGACCGCAGCAAGAACUGA